UACUCUUCGCGCUGCGCGCGCUCCGCAAGAACGCGUCGCGCGUCGACGCGCCGCUCCGCGAACAACUACUUUCGGAGAACUACGUGCUGCACGCACUACUCGACGCCGCGCUCUGCGAGCGCGCGUUCGCAGAUGUCGUCUGCGGUUGCUCAUCAUUUGAAAAAUAUUCCAUGA